AAAGACUAAAUUUUUAGUUGGUAUGGUUGGUGGUAAUGUCGACAUUGUUUACAUUGUGUUGCAGUGAAAGAGAUAUAACAAAUUAAUUUUUCAGAAACAGAAUCAAUAUUUAAAUAAAGUUAUUUUUGUGAAAUGGCGAAUGAUAUGAAUGUUCUUUUUGUGCGGGGAAAUGGAAACGUUACGAACGAAGACAACGAAGAUGUUUGGGAUGAUAGCGCGUUAAUAAAAGCAUACGACAAAGCUAUAAAUCUAGCGAAAGAGAAAGUUAUCAAACGAAUGGGAUUAGACAUUCAAAAUUCUCAAUUGGAGGAAAAUAUACAAGUAAACCAGCAUACAAAUGAACCAAAGAAGAAAUGGACUGUAGGAGCUCCUUGUCGUGCAAUAUACUCGGAAGAUGGCGUAAUUUAUGAAGCUGUAAUAUUAAAAAUUUUUGAAAACAGAACUUGUAUUGUAAAAUUUAUAGGCUAUGGCAACACGGAGAAAGUGCAGUUGAAUUCUCUUUUGGAAUCGGAAGGUUUACAGAGUCAGGUGGCACAACAGAAGAAAGCUUUGGAAGAGAAAUUUAACGAAGAAAAUGAUGAGACUGGUAAAACAAAUUUUUCUACGAACGAUCCAAAAAAAUAUAACGGAGAAAAAAUGGAUUGUGACUCUGAAGAAACAAGAUCGUACAAACAUCAGUUCGUACCUGGGCCAUCUUUUAAUUCUUUCACUGAUAUAAUGCCACCUGCACCUCCUUUACCACCACAAUUAAUGGCCAAGUUACCAGACAAUGAUGCGGAUGCACUUUCAAGUAUGUUGAUGUCAUGGUAUAUUAGUGGUUUUCAUACAGGUUACUAUCAUGGUUUGAAACAAGCAAGAAGCAAUCAGGAGAAAAGAAAGCAUUGUUGAUCAUGUCAAUUUUUAACUAUGAAACAAUUUUUAUAUAACAAUAAUAUAGGUAUA